AGAGAGAGAGAGAGAGAGAAGCAUCUCUCACAAUAGAAGAGAAGCUUUUGUGAUUUUAUCACAACAGAAAAGAUACUUGCAGAAGAAGGAAAGAAUAACCGAAGAAACUCGACGAAAAAAAGCGGCUAAAAAUCAACAAACAAGUUGGAAAUGAAGAUAAUAAAAGUAAAAUCGACGGCGAAGAAGAAGAGAAUCGCCACUCACACCCACAUUAAAGGCCUUGGCCUUGAGGAAAAUGGACACGCGAGACCUUUAGCUGAUGGAUUUGUGGGCCAGAAAUCUGCAAGAGAAGCUGGCGGUCUUGUGGCUGAGAUGGUUCGGCAAAAGAAGAUGGCUGGGCGCGCCGUUCUGUUCGCCGGUCCAUCCGGUACUGGAAAAACCGCUCUUGCUUUAGGAAUUUCUAAAGAACUCGAUCACAAGGUUCCUUUUUGCGCCAUGGUUGCAUCAGAAGUGUACUCAUCGGAAGUGAAAAAGACGGAAGUUCUAAUGGAGAAUUUUCGACGAGCUAUUGGUAUACGUCUUAAAGAGAAAAAGGAGGUUUAUGAAGGAGAAGUGACCGAAUUAUCUCCAGAAGAAACCGACAGUGUACCUGACAUAUAUGGUAAAAGUACAUGCCAUGUUAUAAUCGAGUUAAAAACUGUAAAAGGGACGAAACAACUGAAGUUGGAUCCAUCCAUAUACGAUGCUUUGAUCAAAGAAAAGGUGGCUGUGGGUGAUGUUAUAUGCAUCGAAAUAAAUAGCGGAGAAGUUAAAAGGUUGGGAAGGAGUGAUGCUUUUGCUACCGAAUUCGAUCUCGAGAAGGAAGAAUAUGUUCGACUUCCUAAAGGACAGGUUCACAAAAAGAAAAAAAUCAUCGAGUACGUGACACUGCAUGAUCUUGAUGUUGAAAAUGCACGGCCUGGAGGAGAACGAGAUAUUUUGUCCUUAAUUGGCCAAAUGAUGAAGCCAAGGAAAACCGAAAUUACUGACAAAUUAAGACAGGAAGUAAAUAAGGUUAUUAAUGGGUAUAUAAAUGAAGGUGUGGCUGAACUCGUCCCUGGUGUCUUGUUUAUUGACGAGGUUCAUAUGCUGGAUAUGGAGUGCUUUUCUUACUUAAACCGUGCUUUGGAAAGUUCACUGUCCCCCAUUGUGAUUUUUGCCACAAAUCGAGGAAUUUGUAAUGUCAGAGGAACCGAGAUGGCUAGUCCACAUGGUGUACCAGUUGACUGGUUGGACCGAUUGGUUAUUAUAAAAACCGAAACCUAUGGCCUCGCUGAAAUGAUUCAGAUAUUAGCAAUCCGAGCACAGGUGGAGGGACUUAAAAUUGACGAGGAAAGUCUGGCUUAUCUUGGAGAGAUUGGACAACGAUCAUCUUUGAGGCAUGCGGUUCAGCUGUUAUCUCCUGCAAGCAUAAUUGCAAAAAUGAGCGGUCGUGAUAAUAUUUGCAAGGCGGAUAUUGAAGAAGUGAAUUCCCUAUAUCUGGAUGCUAAAUCUUCAGCAAAGCUUCUUCAAAAGCAGAAAGAUAGAUACAUAUCGUGAUGAAUUUUUUGGCUGAAUUGGAUUUACACGUAAGUUGUUCGAUCUUGGGGCUUCUUUUGAAACGAUUCGAACGUUGAUCGAAAUGUGAAUUUGUAUUUUUGUUUCCCUCUAAAUCGAAGGAUAUUAUUCGAAGCUUUCUGUGGAAAUCACCAAUUGUUGAUAGAAGUGUGUUUUCUUCCAUUCAGCUCUGUAAAUUUUAGGCCACUGUCAAUUAAAUCAAAGCUUUUACAG